AAGACAAGUUUGGACCCCACGCGACCAGCAUGGACUGGGCGAAGCUGCUAUCGCCCCAUCAAGGGACCGACUGGACCUUGGCGGAGGACGCGGCCCUGGCCGUCCAGCUCAAGCUCUUCUCGCAGACGCUCCUCGCGCGAACCAAGGCGCUCGAGAACUCGAUCUGGGAGCUCGGACGGGACGCGGAGCGCGCCGACGUGCGCCUCAACAACUCGAUCAACCAGUUCUUAAUGCUCAGCGACAGCCAGUUUAUUGAGAACCGCGUGUACGAAGAAGAAGAAGACGAUAUGGUCGCGGCGCCGGCGGACGCGGACGGAGCGGCCCAGCCGACGAGCGACGACAAGCCGGUCGAGCCCGAGCCGACCAAGGACGACCCGGCCAAGAAGAAGGAUAUCCAGGUCGUCGAUCAGUAUCGGGCGGCGCUGGAGAUGGGCAUGACCGCCAUGAAGCUCUUCUCGGUCGGCAACGAAGAGGACGACGAUGUCGUCGAUAUUUACAACGAGCGCCCACUGCCGUUCGUCAUUGGCACGAAAGAGUUUCUCGAAGACGAGUACUUGGGCCUCGGCGCGGCGCCCGACUCGGACACGGACGACGACGGCAGCGAGGGCUACAGCAGCUCGGACGUCUCCGAGAGCGAGGACGACUCGGAAGAAGAAGAGUCCGCGUCGGACGAAGACGAGUCGGACGAAGAGGACUCUGAAGGUGAAGAAGAAGAGGUGCAGCACGAUAGCAGUGCACGCCCACGGCCCCCGAUGCCGCCAAUGCCACCAAAGCCAGCGGCUGCCCACGUCGACGACUCGGACUCGGACGACUCGGAGGACCUUUUUGGCUUCAACCCGUCCACUGCCUCCAAGCCCGCGCCGCCCAAGCGCGGUGGCCUCUUUGGCAUGGACAGCGACGACGAGAGUGAGGCGUCGGGCCACGACGGACAUCAUUCGUCGCUCUUUGCCGCUCAAGAAACAAAGACCGGCGACUUGUUUGACGGCCGUGCGGUGCCGCCACCCACCGCACCUGCAGCCCGCCCGCCCGUGAACGACCUCUUCAGCGAGCUCAAGGCCUCGGCCGCGGCCCGGCAGCAACCCAAGCCAGCGACGACUGGCCAAGCACUGUUUGGGGAAAGCGACAGCGACGCCGAGUCGACGAGCAGUGGUCUUUUUGGCCGGCAGUCGACAGUCAACAUGUCUCGGAAGGCAUCUCUUCCACCGGCCACGAAGCCUGCGUUCGAUGUUGAUUCAGACUCGGAGUCGAGCUUGUUUGGGUCCUCGCGCGCGCAGCCCAAGGCCCCGAUUGCCCCAGCUCCGUCCAUGCAGCCGUCGCAGCAAUCCAAGCGACUGUUUGGUGACAGUAGUGACGAUGAAGACGACUCGAUGGGCCUCUUUGGCCGCCCGGCCGCCCAAUCGACGCCACCCGCGCCUGUCGCGGCACCUGUCGCGGCACCGCCCGUGCUUGUGCCCGCUGCGGCGCCGAAGAAGUCGGCCAUGUUUGACAGCGACAGCGACGAUGAUGACCACGGUGGCUUGUUUGGUGCACCGAAAAGCAAGCCGGCGACUGCAAUCGCUCCGGUCGACACCAAACCGGCGGCACCGAUGGUACCGGUGCCGCCGCGAAUGACACCGGCUGCCAAGCCGACUACCCUUUUUGGCGAAGACAGUGAUGACAGCGACGACGACGGAGGCGGCUUGUUUGGUGCGCCCAAGGCGGCACCGACGCCCUCGAUUGCGGUGCCGCCGCCAAAACCUGUCGCGUCACAGCCUCCUGUCGUCGUCUCGCAGCCCCCCGUGGUCUCGCAGCCGCCUAUGGUCGCCCCUGCGGCUACGCGGGCGCCGUCAAAGGCGUCCAACCUUUUUGGCGGCUCGGACGACGACAGUGACGACGAUGGUGGCCUCUUUGGCAAGCCGCCGCCGGCCAAGCCAACGACGGUCACGAUCACGGAGACGACAACGACGACGACGACGAUCGCGCCGCAGACGCGACUGCACAGCUUAUUUAAAUCCGAUGAGACCGAUGCGAGUGCGUCCAGCGCCAGUCUCUUCGGGACGCCGCAGCGGCCGUCGUCGCGCAAAAACUUGUUUGCGCCCGAGCCAAAGCCGUCGAGUACGCUCUUUGGCGACGACAGUGACAACGAGUCGACGGCCAGCGGUCUCUUUGGAUCGUCCAACAAGAAGCCGACACCGGUCGUCGCGGCACCGAUUGUGUCUGCGCCGACGCCAGCCGUUAUUGUGCCCAAGCCCUUGCCGGUCGCGCAGCCGCCCAAGGCGGUUGUUCCCCCGAAACCAGAGAGUGAGGACGAGUGGAGCGACGACGAUAGCAAUGGCGGCGGGCUGUUUGGACGCGCGUCCUCUAGUCUGCAACCCAAACCAUCACCCGCGCCAUCCUCGGCGUCCACAUCCAAUUUGUUUGGCCAGCCCAUGGCGGCGGCCGCGCCCCAGGCAAGCCUCUUUGGGGCGCCGUCAGCAGCGACGUUGCAGCCCGCUGCGUCGCUUCAGCCCGCUGCGUCGCUCUACUCUGCUGCCUCCCUACAACCAGCCGCUUCCCUACAACCGGCGGCGAUUCUACAGGCGGCGGUGGUAGCCCAGCCCAGCAACACAAGUCUCUUUGGUCAGCCGUUGACGGCGGCGCCUGCGCAAGCUAGUCUCUUUGGCGCGUCAUCGUCGACGAGCUCUCUUUUCGGCGCAGCGCCGUCUUCGAGUCCACCGCUGCCGACGGCCAUGGGGUCGUCUCUCUUUGGCUCGGCACCGUCUUCGGGCCUAUCGCUCCCAACAGCGACAAACUCCUCUCUCUUUGGCUCGACUUCGACGUCGGGCCCACCGCUUCCCGCUGCCAGCGGCUCGUCGCUCUUCGGUGCGGCUCCUUCGUCGAGCACGACAUCUCUCUUUGGUGCGUCGACGGGCCCGGCCUUGCCAACCGCUGCGGGCACCUCCCUCUUUGGCUCGGCGCCGUCGACGGGUCCGCCCUUGCCCGCUUCUGGAGGCGCGUCGCUCUUCGGUGCUGCACCCGCCAACCCACCAGCGUCAACAACGGCAAGUCUCUUUGGCAACACUAGUGCUGCGGCGCCGGCAACCGCAAGUCUCUUUGGUGCUGCGCCGGCCACGACCACGCCCGCAGGCGUUGCACCGCCGCCGCCACCGGCCGCCCGGCUCUUCAAGGCCGACGACUCGGACUCGGAAGGGUGGUCGGAUGACGAGGCGUCGCUCUUUGGGCCACCCAAGAAAAAGUAGAUCGUUCUACUAUGCUCCACAUCGUUGCUUAAAGGCGAAUCGCGAUAACAUGACGGUUGAA